AUGGCCUACAACGGCACACAGUCCGUCUCCGUCCCGACACCGCAAGCGACUGUGGAUUCCAUCGUCGAGAACGACGACCCUCACGUGCUUCAGAUUGUCCAGCGUGCCGCCUCACGCGGCAUCGUUGCUGCAAUAGAAGCGGCGGACGGAUUCAAAUACUGCUUCAACAACACCUGGCGAGCAAAGGAAGACAACGGCCAACGCUACUCGUACAUCUGUCAAGACAGCGUGCAGAACAAGGACCGUCAUGCAAACGACUCCGCCCGGACUCGAAAGCAUCUGAGGGGCGCGGGAGCGCGGGGUCUCAAGAAGCCAACCUACGACUGCAAGGGCACCGUCAUUGUCAAGUACAGCUCUACGCGAAGAUGUGUGGACGUCUACUACAAGCAUCACGCAGUUCAUGCGACGGUAGUGGACAGGGAACUUGGGUUUCGGCGGCGGCAAACGCACAGUUGGAUGGUGGAUGCGAAUGCAAUUGUGCCAGGCCAUGCCACCGACGAGACUGGAGGCCUUUUCGGAAUGCUCACGACUACAAGCCCAGUACAUGCUCCUGAGAGCUCUCCCUCCGAUGCGACCGGAGGUGCUCAGCCACUUUCGCAAUCUCUACCAAACGUUGGAAGGCCUCGGAAACGCAAACGGGAGAUGGGGGAGCCGGCACGGCCAUCAGUCGAACCGCUUUCACUCGUAGACCUGCUCAGACAAAGUGAAUCUACGAAACCACUCGUGACCUCGCUGACGGCACCUCCCACGAGAGCGGCUCACAACCCGGCUCCGAUGGCAUAUGAACUUCCAUCGUGGCAGGAAUUCUACCCCACACCACCUCAUCAAGCGCCCUUCCAACCGCGUCCAAUACCUCCCAACCCGUACGCUGGACCCCCAAAUCGGCAGUCGUCGGUGAAGGGGCAGCCGCGCAAGCCGCCGCCAUAUCCACCGGCACAGACAUCUAUCAACCCCGGGCAGCCACGGGCGGGGUCCAAUCCUCGGCAAGACUUCAUUGCUCUUCUCGGGUAG